CUGCAGUGCGACGGUCGCGCCACGAAACUUUGCGGGAUUUUUCAAGUGUCGAAACCGACUCUUUUCGCGUUUGUGUUCAAGCCCCAAAGGAGCUUUCGAGCCAACGAAAUACGUGCAAAGUUUAAGGCUCAUGUAAAUCGGAACAUAAAGGACCAACAAAUCAAGCUUUACUUGUUUUUUACACCCUUGUAUUUUGUCAACGAAACGACUGUUUGUUUUUUUUUGUUUCAAGCCGGCGACAGCCAACGACUGGGGAAACUAUGACACAUCAGGGCAUCGGCUGCCUGGUCAAGUGGUUAUAUCUGGUGCUGAUCGUGCACACGCUCCUCUGCAUCGGCCAGCUCGAGUGUCGCCAGCAGCACCACAAUCGGAAUAACAAUAAUAAUAACAGAAGAGCGGACUCGUCCAGCUCAGAGGAGGGCCACGGCAACACCAGCGAUGGCCUGGACAACUUCGCAGAUCAGGACGCCAGCUUCGUUGGCCAUGGACACCAGCCGCGUCGGGGUCAACGAAAGAAACAGCAGGGAGGUGGAGGAGGAGGCAGCGGCGGCGGCGGCGGAAACGGAGGAGGCGGUGGAAGCCGGCACAAUCGCAACGAGGAGAGCGGCAUCUCGUUGUGGAUCAAUGAGCAGCAGCUCAAAAUGCUUACAGCGCUCUACUUCCCACAGGGCUACUCGGAGCGCCUGUACGCCAUUCACAACAGCCGGGUGACCAAUGAUCUGAGGGACACGACGCUGUACAACUUCCUGGUAAUCCCAUCGGAGGUCAACUACGUUAACUUCACAUGGAAGUCGGGGCGCCGCAAAUACUUCUACGACUUUGACCGCCUGCAGACCAUGGAUGAAAGUAUCUUGAAGGCGCCAACGCUGUCCAUUCGCAAGAGCGGACGCAUUCCGCAGGAGCAGAAAAAUUUUAGCAUAUUCCUGCCCUGCACCGGCAACAGCUCCGGCACCGCGUCCUUCAACGUCGGCCUCAAGAUCCAGACGCGCCACAACAAGCCGCUCUCGGGCACACCCAUUCGCCUCAACUUCAAAAAGGAAUGCGCCCACAGAGGUGUGUAUGAUAUAGACGCUUCCAACCCUACUUCACUAACAACUUUGCAAGCUCCCGAUCCAGAAUGCAGCUUGAAGUGCGGCAAGAACGGGUACUGCAACGAGCACCACAUCUGCAAGUGCAACGUGGGCUACACGGGCCAAUACUGCGAGACGGCCUUCUGUUUUCCGCAGUGUCUCAAUGGCGGUAACUGCACGGCGCCGUCCGUCUGCACCUGUCCGGAGGGCUACCAGGGCACGCAGUGCGAAGGUGGUAUUUGCAAGGACAAGUGCUUGAAUGGCGGCAAGUGUAUACAGAAGGACAAGUGCCAGUGCUCCAAGGGUUACUACGGCCUGCGUUGCGAGUACUCCAAGUGUGUGAUCCCCUGCAAGAACGAGGGACGGUGCAUCGGGAACAACCUGUGCCGCUGCCCCAACGGACUACGAGGCGAUCACUGCGAGAUCGGGCGCAAGCAGCGCUCCAUCUGCAAGUGUCGCAAUGGCACCUGCGUCUCCCACAAGCACUGCAAGUGCCAUCCGGGAUUCUAUGGACGCCACUGCAACGGUCGCAAGCGACGACAUGUCCACCGAAACGAUGACUCCAAGUUCUAGGGCUACCGGCGCACACGAUCCAAAAUAUUCAAUCAACUUUUCACUUUUCUACUAAACCAGCACGACAAGAACAACAGCAACAGCGACAAAAGGAAGAAACGAAAAUAAUUCUAAUUGUGAUACAUUUUUUUUGUAAUUUAACAUAACAUUUUU